CGGCACCCACGCGCUCUGCGCUGCCUCAAGGCUCUGCUGUGUCGAGGCGGGAACCCCAACGUGCGAUCGGCCGAGGCGCUGACACCGCUGCACGUGGCCGCCGCCUGGGGCUGUAGCCGCAGCCUGGAGCUGCUGCUGAGCCAGGGAGCCGACCCCCGGCUGCUCGACCAGGAUGGACUCCGGCCACUGGACCUGGCGGAACAGCAGGGGCACCAGGACUGUGUGCGCGUCCUGAGGGAGCUCCCAAAGCUGACUAGGACCCCUCCCCGGACCCGGUUAGAGACCCAGGAGCCGGAGCCUAAGCCCAGCGGCUCAGCCCUCAAGGGAAAGGGGCUGGAUGCCAGCCCCUCUGGACCUCCCAGUGUGAUGCUGGACCCCACAGGCCUGGGCAGCAGGGACAGCAGGGACAGGGACCUGGAGGCUAGCCCUGGACCCUCCAGCCUCCUCGCCUGCCCUGAAGUUGCUGACAAGGAUGGCGGCUUGGAGUCCUCCCCUGGGUGCUGGGACUGCAGCUCAGAUGCCUCCUUCGUCACAGCAGUCGAGGCUUCUGGAUCCAAGGACCCAGCCCCGCAUACAUACCCCCGGGCUGGGCCAUUGCCCAGGCAGCAACUCCUGCCUCAUAUCCGACCAUCCCAGAGGAGGCUAAAGUCUCCGGGCACCCCACAGCCGGAACAUGGAGCCAUCAUGACAGACAAGGAGGCCGAAUUAAAAGCCCUCCUACAGGCCCUGACUCUGACCUCCCCCUCCCACACGUCCCUCCCAGAGAGGAGCCCAGCCCACAGCCCCCUUCCGCAACCACUGCCUGGACCCCUCGACUUCCACUUCCUCACAGAUGACCAAUCGUCCCUGGACAGUGAGGGGGGCGCCCUCUGGCUGACGGAGGACGAGGUGCAUUCCACAGGGUGCAGGGACCCAGUCCCCUCUGGCGGGUGUCUGCCAGUCAUGUCUGACCUGGAACUGCUGCAGAGGCUCCGGGCUCUGGGUGAGAGCCCAGGCCCCGUCACGCCCUUCACCCGGCCACAUUACCUCCGACGACUCCAAGAAGCCCAGGCUGCUCCCGGCCCAGACUUUUCAGGGCACAGCCCAGAGCUGACUGAGGCCCUGAGGACAGGCCGAAUCCCAGACGCCCAGGCAGAUGAGGAUGCACUUGCCCAGCAAUUUGAGCAGCCGGAUCCCAGCAGAAGGUGGCGGGAGGGGGUAGUGAAGUCCAGUUUCACGUAUCUGCUGCUGGACCCCAGGGAGACUCGGAACCUGCCAGCACGAGCCUCCUCACUAACUCCAGCUGAAUGCCUUCGGACUUUCGUCCACGCCAUCUUCUAUGUGGGCAAGGGGACCCGGGCCCGGCCCAAUGUUCACCUCUGGGAGGCCCUUGGCUACCGUGGGAGGUCAGGAAAGCAGGCCUGCCCCAAAGUGCGCCAGAUCUUGGACAUUUGGGCUAGUGGUCGUGGAGUCGUGUCCCUGCAUUGCUUUCAGCAUGUGGUCGCUGUGGAGGCUUACACUCGAGAGGCGUGUCUUGUGGAGGCUCUAGGGAUCCAGACACUGACCAACCAGAAACAAGGACACUGCUAUGGAGUGGUGGCGAGCUGGUCACCCAGCCGCCGCCGCCGCUUGGGAGUGCAUCUGUUGCAUCGCGCCCUCCUUGUCUUCCUGGCUGAGGGCGAGCGAGAGUUGCGACCCCAAGACAUCCAGGCCUGUGGCUGAGCACUGGGAAAUUGCCCAUCCGGGCUGGGUGGAGGUCAGGGUGUUUGAAUGUUUCAGCUGCCCUGUGCUGAAAGCAGCCUCCACCUCCGGUUCUAGAAGUCCGGGGGGGCGGCGGGCGGCGGAAUGAGAAGCAGGGAAGACCUCCCCCUCAAGCUAAGGGAGGACUCUCUUACAGAUGGAACUGCUGGGGAGGUAGUGAACUCCCCAUGAUGGGAGGAGAACAAGUGGACCAGAAGGUUCUUUGAAACAUUUGGUACUUUGGAACGUGCGGGGGCUUUGGCAGUUUGGGCCUGUCUGUGUAGACAAGUCCACUUUGAUCUUCCAGGCACAGGGGGCCCACACUGUGGGCUGGGAGCUUCCUCAGCUACAUGAAGGGAAGCCACCCAGUUCAAGAGCUGGGUCCUGCUGCUGCCAGAGGUGGUACCUCAGACCAGUCACUUGUCUGUCUGAGCCUCAGUGUCCUCAGUAGGACAGUGAGGUCCUGCCUCAGGGGAUUGUGGGGAUCGGAUGGGACUCAGAGCCAGAGGUGACCCAGGUGGAAAGUCUCCUGGGUAAGGGCAGUGCCCUGAGUUCUCAAGGUGCCACCUGUGUCUGGUGAUAGGCCAGGGCUAGGGAGCUGGUGGGUUGUGGGUAUAAGACACCAUCCCUGGGGGUCACUGUGCCACGCAAGCUUCCUGGCAUUGCUUCUCUGAGCCUGUUUCUGCCACCAUAAAAUGGGAUCAGUAACCCCAAGUUCUGGUGGUGCUCUGUGAUUUCAGAUUAGUCACAUUUGCAAAGAGUUUCAGUAAGAUGCCAGGCUGUGGCGCUGGUGAGGUGCUGGCGGGAUCAUUUAAGUUUUCCAGAAGUUGCUUCUUCAGAGCGUCCAGUGCGUUUAGGGACUUGGGGAAAUCGGCUGCCUCAUUGGUUUCACUGUCUCCUCCUCAUUGCAGCUUCGGCUAACCAAGUUCUGUAGUUCGACUCUAACCUGGACGGAGGUUCACCCACUUAGGUUCCUCCACUUUAGAGCCCAUGAUGCGACCCCCACCCCA